AUGAUGGCAUUUAGCCAUGAUAAUCGUGUAAGGUUCAAAGAUGAAGACAAAACAUUAUCCACUGAGUAUGGUUAUGAAAUGAAAACUAGACCUUCUUUAGAUAGAGUUAUGAAGAAUGUUAAGUGGGGAUUUGAGAAAGGUUCUGAAAAAAUCAAAAUUUUCAAGAAACCAUUGAGUUUCCGCGGUUCGCAUAAAGAUCCUGGUCAGAAAAACCAAAAGGAAAAAUCUAGUACUACUAAGAAGAACAUUAUAAACCCACAGGGUUUGUUUCUACAAAACUGGAACAAAAUAUUUCUCUAUGCUUGUGUGGUUGCAUUGGCGAUUGAUCCUCUGUUUUUCUACAUUCCUAUUGUCGAUGGCGCGAAGCACUGUCUUAGUUUGGACUCAAAUCUGGAGAUAGCAGCGAGUUUGUUUCGUACACUCAUCGAUGCCUUUUACAUAAUUCACAUUGUGUUUCAGUUCAGGACAGCUUACAUUUCUCCAUCUUCUCGGGUUUUCGGAAGAGGAGAAUUGGUAGAUGAUGCUAAAUCAAUAGCCUUAAAGUAUCUCUCAUCUUACUUCAUCAUUGAUGUACUUUCUAUCCUUCCUCUCCCACAGAUAGUAGUCUUAGCUGUUAUUCCAAAUGUCAACAAGCCAGUAUCAUUGCUCACAAAGGACUACCUUAAAUCUGUCAUUAUUGCUCAAUAUGUUCCUCGGAUUCUUCGUAUGUAUCCGCUUUACACCGAAGUGACAAGGACAUCUGGUAUUGUUACUGAAACAGCAUGGGCUGGUGCUGCUUGGAACCUCUCUCUCUACAUGUUAGCAAGUCAUGUGUUUGGAGCUUUUUGGUACUUAAUCUCGAUAGAACGAGAAGACAGAUGCUGGCAAGAAGCGUGCAAGAAAAGAAACUGUAAUAUGAAAAAUCUGUAUUGUGAUGACAAUCAUAAUGUGAAUAAUGAUUUCCUUACCACUUCUUGCCCAUUUCUCGACCCUGGUGAGAUUAAGAACUCAACGGCCUUCAAUUUUGGCAUCUUCACUGAUGCUCUAAAGAGUGGUGUUGUUGAAUCACAUGAUUUCUGGAAGAAAUUCUUCUACUGCUUCUGGUGGGGUCUGCGAAAUCUAAGUGCAUUGGGACAAAAUCUCCAAACGAGCAAAUUUGUUGGUGAAAUCAUAUUUGCAAUAUCAAUUUGCAUAUCUGGACUAGUCUUAUUUGCGCUACUUAUCGGUAACAUGCAGAAAUACUUGGAAUCAACAACGGUUAGAGAGGAGGAAAUGAGGGUUAGGAAGAGAGAUGCAGAGCAAUGGAUGUCUCAUAGAAUGUUACCUGAAGACCUGAGGAAACGUAUCAGAAGAUAUGAACAAUAUAGAUGGCAAGAGACUAGAGGUGUCGAAGAAGAAACCCUUCUUCGCAACCUACCUAAAGACCUUAGAAGAGACAUUAAACGUCAUCUUUGUCUUGAACUUCUCAAGAAAGUACCUAUGUUUGAGAUAAUGGAUGAGCAAUUACUAGACGCGGUUUGCGAUAGGCUAAAACCGGUUCUAUACACAGAGAACAGCUAUGUGAUCCGUGAAGGAGAUCCUGUUGGAGAAAUGCUGUUUGUGAUGAGAGGAAGACUUAUGAGUGCCACUACUAAUGGAGGACGAACAGGGUUCUUCAAUGCCGUGUAUCUCAAGGCAAGUGAUUUCUGUGGAGAAGAUCUUCUCACAUGGGCAUUAGAUCCUCAAUCUUCGUCUCACUUUCCGAUCUCGACAAGAACGGUACAAGCUCUCACCGAAGUCGAAGCCUUUGCUCUUGCAGCAGAGGAUCUCAAGUCAGUCGCUUCACAAUUCAGACGCCUCCAUAGCAAGCAACUCCAACAUACUUUCAGGUUUUAUUCGGUGCAAUGGAGAACAUGGGGAGCAUCUUUUAUACAAGCGGCGUGGCGGAGACACUGUCGGAGGAAGUUAGCCAAAACGUUACGCGAUGAGGAAGACCGUCUACGAGACACGCUCGCUAGUCAAGAACAAGAACGCGAACGCAAACGCGAUGCUGCAGCCGCGUCUUCGUCGUUGAGUCUUGGAGCCACUAUUUACGCAUCGCGUUUCGCAUCAAACGCGCUUCACAAUCUGAGGCACAAUAUCUCUAACCUUCCUCCUCGUUACACUCUUCCUUUGCUUCCUCAGAAACCAACCGAGCCUGACUUCACUUCCGAUCAUACAAGUGACCCUUAA